UCUUCGAAUGCUCCACACUCUCAGCUCCACAGUGGAGAGGAGCAGCCGCCUUCAAUCGGACACCAGAAAUAGCCCCGGGGUAAAGAGGGUGGUGGCUGCAGACCCCAGUGGAGGGUCCAAGGGAGUCAUGUGCACCACUUUGUCCUCUCAUAACACAGACAAGAGAGACAGCAGAGGAGUGAAGAUCCAGUAACCCAACAGAGUAGCAGACCAGCGGAUAAAGCGACUGCUGCUGCCUCUGCUCGCCACAUGCACUGGUUUUAGUUGGAGGUGGAAAGUCAGGCCGAGCGUGGGCAUUCAGUAGCCGAGCAGCUGAUCAAACCUGGACCAUGAAGCUUAGCGUGGCGUUGUUUUUUGCAGGGCUCUUUGGGGCGUUGGCAGCUGUGUUUAUCCUUCUUUCUUUUGGAACUGACUACUGGCUGCUGGCCUCAGAGAGCUGCCACCCAAACCCUGAAGGAUCCAUCGGCCCGGGCGAUGUGACCAUAGAGCGUGGAGAUGUGGUGAUGCAGGACUCCAGCAGUGAUGUGACUCUGUAUCAUGAGGGUUUCUUCUGGAGAUGUUCCUUUGGAGGCAACGCAGGUGAUGAAAACCUGCUGUGGAAGCUCUGGUUCACAAACCAGGCUCACUCAAAGGAAUGCAUGCCUGCCUACCUCUUCCCAUUCCCUGUGUCUCAUCAGACACACAACGCCACAGAGUAUGAUUCUGCCAUAAUCUACAGAGGAUUCUGGAGCAUCUUUAUGCUCAUUGGUGUGGCAGCUGUAGCCCUCGGUGGCUUCUUCAUCAUCUGCGCUGCUCCGUUUGCCAGCCACCAUUUGUAUAAAACAGGGGGAGGCCUCUUCCUGACAUCUGCUCUGUUCCUGCUGUGUGUGGUCAUCAUGUACAUACUGUGGGUGCAGGUGUUGGACGUUGUAGACGUCUACAUCGACCACCAGCGUUCUUCUCUGUGUCCGGGCUUCAGUCUGUCCCUCACCUACGGUCUGUCCUUCAUGUUCGCCCCCGUUGGCAUCUUCUUCUGCCUCCUGUCCGGCCUUCUUUUCCUCCUCAUUGGUCGAACCAUCCAGAUUCACUACCACUGAUUUAAAGCAGCAGCAGGUUAGAGGAAAGAGACUGAAAUGUCAGAAUAUGAAUGUCUUUUACGGUUCUUUUUUUCUGCUGUGUAAACACAGGACACUGUAGAUUCUGUUUGGUAGCUCUGUAGUGUAAAAGAUCUGACAAGCGCGAACACUUUUCAUUCGUUGCUGAGCUCAGAAAUGGCAUCAUAAUGACUCCAACCUGAGCUAGUUUCAGUGUAGUUCCACCCAGCACUGUGUGGAGGAUUCACAGCAACCCUGAUCAUAGAUAAAUACCUGUAGUGCAAAUAUUUAUUUGAAUCUUACGUGUCGGCGGUUGCAAGAGUUGAGAAUGUAUGUACAUGAAAUUUAAAGUUGAUGUUGUUAACCCUCCUGUUGUUCUCAUUUAUGGGCACCAAAAAAUAUAGUUUUCUUGUCUGAAAAAAAUCCAAAAAUUCAGCAAAAAAAAUCCCAAAUUUUGAAAAUUUACAAAACCUUCAGGAAGAAAAUUCCAAUAAUUCCUUAGAAGUUUCCCUUAAAAGUUUUAUUUAAAAAAAAUCCCCCAAAUUUGGGAAGAAAUUUCUUGUAAAUAUUUUCAAAAAAUGAGUAAAAAUCAUCCAAAAAAAAAUCCUAAAAAUACCUAAAGUGAUUAGAUAUAUAUCAGUAAAACUUCUAGUAUUUUCUUUAAGAAUGUUCACAUAAAAUUUUUUUUGUGGAAGUUCUUAAGAAACAUUUUUAACAUUUCUUUUUUUCCAACACAGAAAUGUUCAAAGAUUUCCCAAAAAUGUUGAAAACGUGGACAUCAGAAGUUUCACUGUGAAAAUAUAUUUUUUCCCACAUUUUCAAACGGGUCAGUUUGACCCACAGGACGACACAAGGGUUAAAUGAAUUCUCUUUUGUUUGCUUUGGAAUAUGAAAUAUAAAGGCUGCAAGCAUGCUGAAAGAAUAAUCUAAAUAUAUAUUGUGUUUUGUAUAGGGUUUGUAAAAAACAAAAACAGAAACAAAGCAAGGUGGUGUGAUCAUUUUUAUAUUAUGUAUAUACAGCAAUAGUGACAGCAACCUUUUCUGCAUUCAGUUUAAAGCCAAUGACGUUCUGUAUUUUUGUUACUGUCCAUCAAUGCAAUGAAGAAAUCAAAACCAGGAGACAUUCAGCUUCUCAAUAUUCCAAGUUUAUUCUGACACCAACUGGAUUAUACUAUAGAUGGAAUCCUUUAAACCAGGUAAUAUACUUUAAAAUAAUUUCAGCUGCGUCGAUAUUGGUUACUGUCUGUAGCUGUGUAUUUAAACACAUUUGGUAUUCUGCUGGGUAUUUAUGACAGCAGGGCAGCAUAUGUGUAUAACCUCAAAAUAAACCACAGUGCACAUGUUCAUUAGAAUAACUGAAUGUCAGCCAAUAAAGCAGCUUUGCUCAUUUUUUAAAUCAGUCUUUGGAUGCACAGAAAACAUUUGUUAGGUAGAUCAGUUCAAUAUUGGGUUUGAUCCUUUUUUUGCUGACUAUAAUAAGGAUGUAGAAUAUCAUCACUGAGUCCCAUAAUAUAAUCAAAUAGUCAUAUUUAUGGAGUGUAUUAUCUUUAUAUUUUCUGCUUUUUUUGCAGUAUUACUUUGCUGUUUGUGUACAUAGCCUAAAACUCUGCAGAUUAGAGGUUCAGUGCAGGUUGCUAUGUUUCUAAAUAAAGAAACAAUUUUGUGUUAA